UGUUCAUUUUCUCCUGUUAUCAAUGAAGAAGAAAACAAAAUUGAAUAAAUAUCAGCUAGAAGAUCUCAGAGUCAAAAGCAUUGAUCUCUCCGAAAAGAAAAUAGCAGAGGCUAAUGGAAACCAUGCAUCAGUGAGUUUGAAUAUUAGAGAUAAUGAUAUGAACAGCAACAACAAGACUUCUGCACAUGAAGAUUCUUCAUCAAGCUGUUGCUUUGUCACUGUUCCCUUCAUCCAAAAGAUAAUAGCGGAGACAUUAGGGACGUACUUCUUGAUAUUUGCGGGGUGUGGUUCAGUGGCGGUGAAUGCAGACAAAGGAAUGGUUACUUUCCCUGGUAUCUCCAUUGUCUGGGGGCUGGUGGUUAUGGUCAUGGUUUACUCUGUUGGCCACAUUUCUGGUGCUCAUUUUAACCCUGCUGUUACCAUUUCCUUUGCCACUUGCAAAAGGUUCCCAUGGAAACAGGUACCAGCUUACGUGGCAGCUCAAGUUAUUGGAUCAACCCUAGCAAGUGGAACCCUACGACUAAUAUUCAAUGGCAAACAUGAUCAUUUUCUUGGAACCUCGCCCUCUGGAUCAGAUAUCCAAUCUCUUGUUCUGGAAUUUAUUAUCACAUUUUAUCUUAUGUUUGUCGUUUCUGGUGUCGCAACUGAUAAUCGAGCUAUCGGAGAACUUGCUGGUCUUGCUGUGGGGGCAACCGUGUUGCUUAAUGUGAUGUUUGCCGGGCCGAUAUCAGGAGCGUCGAUGAACCCAGCAAGGAGUUUGGGCCCAGCAAUAGUGUGGAGCCAUUACAGAAGUAUAUGGGUUUAUAUGUUAGGCCCAACAGCUGGGGCCAUAUCAGGUGCUUGGGUCUAUAACAUCAUCAGAUUCACUGACAAGCCUUUACGUGAGAUUACCAAAAGUGGAUCUUUCCUCAAGUCCAUCAGAUCUAGCACGUAACAAACAGCGCCAAUUGAAAAAGGGAGUAAUUGCUUUUUUCUUCUUCUGAAAUAUAUAUAUAUAUAGACAAAAGAAAGCAAAUUAGGAAUGAGAAAAGAAAAAAGAAAAAAACAUUGUGUUCCUAUUAGUUUCCUUAACUUUUAUUUACAAAGGAAAUUCGUUGUAAUUUUUGUAAAAUAGACUAAUGAAGUCUUAAUUUGGUCAAUGGAAGAGUUUAUGGUGGCUUUUUUUAUUGGA